CCCUCUUGGCGCAGCGGAGAGAAAACAAGAAAUUGGAGAGAAAAUCUCCGUCAGUUUUAUUUGCAAGCUGUAAUCAAAAGUAGUCGUAGUCCCAUAUCUUAUCAGAAUUUGAAACUUCAAUGGAUCACUUUGGCCAGUGAGUCGUUUUGUCGUUCUUCCGAGUACUACAAGGACAUUCAUCAACAUUUUUUAUCUGCUUCCACUAACGAACUACAAAGAUCAUCUUAUUUUCCAAAGUUGUUUUCGUUCCAAUUGAAGCUGUUACUCCAUUAUUACCUCAAUCUACGAUAAGAUGCGUUUCCCGUGCUUUCGAUCCGAAGAAUGGAUGAACAAAAUCUUCGAAAAAGACGUGGAAGUUCCCUCAGGAGUCCUAAAAGACGUAGACCUCACGCCAGCAUACCUCCAGAACUAUCCCACGGCCGCACUCUUUCCGACGAAGGUAAAAGUAAUUCCACCUAUUGGUAUAGAUGCGUACCCGCUGUAAUAUGUUUGACGGUGAUGUAGGCGUAGGGAAGCAAAUAUUUUCUUGACUCCUUUGUAGAGUUGAAUAUGAGUUCUUCUCUCUAUCAUAAUCUACUCACUCUUUAAUAUCGUCUGCCGUUACUACUUACGUGCUCACUUUUUCGUGUGACCCAAAAGGUUGCUGGAGUGCGAGAGCAGAUACGGCGGACUUUGUUUCGGCAAGUGCUGUUUAAAGUCCAGAAUGUGGAGGUGACUUACAUGAAGGACUGCAAAGCAGACCGCGUCCUAUUAUGGUCAGCCUCAAUAUAUCUUUCUCGGCAUCUUGGUACCCUUUUGCCAUGUAUUUCAUGAAAUACAACGAAAAAGGGGCCCAAAUGAGGGGACCGGAAUGCAUCCUGGAACACGCUAAUCCUAAGCCAAGUCAUCUCCGACCGAAUAGCUUCAGGAGAGGGGCCUUCAUCUCGUAUGACUGAGGGUAGUAGUUCAUCUGAAGAUGCGAAGAACUAUAGUAGGCUACUCAGUUCAUCUAGUACUAGUGGUGCUUCAUCCUCCAGUAUAGGAGCCACGGCAGGAGGUCGGAGUGUAUUUUCGUCAAGUAGUACUCAUACGAGUGAGCAGAGUGGAAGCCAUAGCGUUGCACCUCGAAAUAUUCAACCAGAAGACGAAGCUUCAACCUGGGAAAGUUCUAGUGCUACCUCUUCAGGUGGGGGAGGAGCGCGACUAGAACUUGCGGGUUACGCCAAUCCACGAGAAGGAGAUAGAAACUCACAUGAUCAGUCAAGUUCGCAGAUCACUGCCUAUUUUUCCGAUUUGAAGCAACGCGGCUUGGAUUGGUUCUUCGACACUGUUCAUUUGCGUGGUGGCGGCUCGUCGGAGGUGGAAUUCCUUAGGGAAGAGUUUUGGACAGUGGAUCGGUGUGGUCAAGAACGCGAUUAUCGUGUCCGCUACUACCGUGAAGCUGGCGGUGAUGGGUUCACGACAGCCGUGUGGCCAAAAAAAAUGCGGGAUAAAGUGGCCCUUCUCUAUUAUCAUUGCUGGCAGUGAAGAUGAACGCAUCACUGUUCUUGAUGUUGAAGGUGUGCUUUCAUCUUCUUCUCAAAUGAACACUUGUACCUUGAUGUUCAUCUUCAUCUCAUGAGAACUCUUGGGUCUUUUUCGUUUUAUACGCGGUUACUAGUAGGUGCAUGCUGUUGAACCUUAGAGCAUGUAACGCUAUUUAGGGUAGAACAGCAGCCGUUGUGUACUAU